GCGGUGAGAAGAGGGCAAGAUGGCCGCCUCCUUGCGGCUGAGCUGCAGCGGCCGUGGAGCAGCGAAGCUGCUGCUCGGCAGGCAUGUAGCGCUGGGGGCUCCGGCUUGCCGGCCUCCCACGGUUGCCUGGAGGUUCCUGCACCUCACCCGGGAGCGGCUGGGUACCCCUGCAGUUAAAAUCCUCAUGCCUGCGCUAUCACCUACAAUGGAAGAAGGAAACAUAGUGAAAUGGCUGAAAAAGGAAGGAGAAACAGUGACUGUUGGAGAUGCAUUGUGUGAGAUUGAAACAGAUAAAGCAGUGGUCACCAUGGAGUCAAGUGAUGAUGGCAUAUUGGCUAAAAUAAUGAAGGAAGAAGGAAGCAAAAAUGUGCGUUUGGGUCAACUAAUCGCCUUGCUAGUAGACGAAGGACAAGACUGGAAGCAAGUUGAAAUACCAAGUGAAACGAGCGUUGCUGUGCCAGCAGCAACAGCGGCCCCACCUCCCACUCCUUCUGUAACAUUGGCCCAUAAAGUGGAACACCACCCUGGGAAGCUACAGUUUCGGUUAAGUCCUGCUGCUCGCAACAUUCUGGAGACACAUGGACUUGAUGCAAGCGGUUGCACACCUUCAGGUCCUCGAAGCAUCUUCACUAAAGAGGAUGCCCUCAAGCUUUUAGAGCAGAAGCAGAAAGGGAAACCUGUAGCAGCAAAGCCAGUGGUUUCUUCACUCCCUGCACAACAACCUGGAGUGCCUUCAGCAACAACACCUCUUCCUGCUUCUCGUCCUCUAGCGCCACCUGUUUCUGUGCCAGGUCGACCUGCUUCCGUGGGCACAUUCACUGAAGUCCCUGCUAGCAAUAUUAGAAGAGUUAUUGCUCAGAGGCUAACAGAAUCUAAAACCACCAUACCUCAUGCAUAUGCAACUGCUGAUUGUGACCUUGGUGCUGUUAUGAAACUAAGGCAAGAGCUGGCAAAAGAUGAUAUUAAAGUGUCAGUGAAUGACUUUAUUAUCAAAGCAACAGCAGUUACCCUGAAACAAAUGCCAGAUGUGAAUGUGACCUGGGAUGGAGAGGGCCCCCGGCAGCAGCAAUCUAUAGACAUUUCUAUCGCUGUGGCAACAGACCGAGGUCUCAUUACACCAAUCAUAAAAGAUGCUGCAGCCAAGGGAGUUCAGGAAAUUGCAGCUUCUGCAAAGGCUCUAGCAAAGAAAGCAAGAGAUGGAAAAUUGCUGCCAGAAGAAUACCAAGGAGGAUCUUUUAGCAUUUCAAAUCUAGGCAUGUUUGGCAUCAGUAGCUUCAUUGCUGUCAUAAACCCCCCACAAGCCUGUAUCUUAGCUGUGGGACGAACUCGGACUGAACUCGCAGUUGCAGUGGAUGACGAAGGGAAUGAGAAGCUUCAGCAGCAUCAGUUGAUGACAGUAACGCUAUCAAGUGAUGGCCGAAUAGUAGAUGAUGAACUAGCUUCAAAAUUUCUGGAGAGACUUAAAAGCAAUUUGGAGAAUCCAGUUCGCCUUGCAUUGAGCUAAAAUGGUCAAGAUUUGGUCCUCUUCUUGGCAAUAUAGGGGACUGAACUGCAAAAGGAGAUGAAAGAAAACCAGGUACAAAAGAUAGGAAGAUAAAUGCUUGGUGAAACAUGGACAAUUAAACAGCUUAUUUAUUUGAACUGACUUGAAACACUUUCAAAGAUUUCCAGAUCUUGCUUUUUAUAUGCUAAAUACUGUUAUUGAACAUGCUGAAUUUAUCAAACUGUUUAAGCAAUUGCACAACAGGGUGGCUAUAUCAGAUGUGGAUAUCUUCAAUAUGCCUGAAUGCAUAGAUCUGGGUGUAAAGUAGUAAAAGAGAACAAAACCAUCUUUUCUUUCAUUUUUUUCCAGACUGAAAAAAGUUGAAAGCAUUUUCAAAUACCAUUUUCAGUCUAGCAAAUCGUCUGUGUCAAUUAUGCAGCUGUUUAAUAGAGAGAGAGUGUGUUCACAUUAAAACUAGGAUUCAUUCAUGUGAACCUGGAAUUUUUGUUGGGAAUCCUUUGUAUUGGUUCUCUGCUUACUGUAUAUGUAAUGGUUGUACUGGUAUGAUAGUUUUGAGAAGUUAAGAGUAAUAGUGAGUCAAGUCUAAAGUAUAAAACAGAUAUAAAUGAGGGAAAUGUGUAUAAAUAUUUAUAACAAUGUAAUGCCUAGUGCUGACUUCAGAAGAACAAAUUGCAUUAAAAACACAACAGAUAUUAAGUGC